ACUUCAGACGUCCACGAUUUCUUCUCUCCUUCACAAUUAAAAGCCCAUCACUACCUCUUCUUUCCUCCAACAACUCCCUCUUCAUACUCCUUCCAUGGCUUGCUUGAGCUUCAUCAUUGGCAUUAUUGGCAAUAUAACUGCUAUACUGCUUUAUGCUUCUCCAAUAAAGACUUUUUGGUGGGUUGUGAAGAAGAGAUCGACUGAGAGUUACAAUGGAAUUCCAUAUAUCUGUACACUAUUGAACACAUGUUUGUGGACUUUCUAUGGACUUCUUAAACCAGGUGGAUUGCUUCUUGUAACAGUCAAUGGCGUAGGAACCAUUUUACAGAUUAUCUUUGUGACUCUUUUUCUCAUCUUUGCUCCUAAGGAUAAGAAGAUUAAGACAGUAUAUAUGGUGGUCGUCUUAAAUGUCGCUUUUCCUUUGUUGGUAAUUGCAAUAACGCAUCUAGUAAUCCAUGGUGCAAGCAAGAAACUUACCUUUGUCGGAAUUAUAAGUGCUGGAAUAAGCAUUGCCAUGUAUGCAGCACCUCUAUCAUCCAUGAAAACAGUGAUAAAGACUAAGAGCGUAGAGUAUAUGCCGUUUUCGCUUUCAUUUUGCGUAUUUCUCAAUGCUUGUGUCUGGGGCAUUUAUUCCAUGCUCAUCAAGGACAUCUUUGUCGGGGUGCCAAAUGUAUUAGGCUUUCUGUUGGGCUCAGUCCAGUUAAUCCUCUACUCAUUCUACAAGUCAAAGAUGUUAGAAAAAUCAACAAAUGUGAUAAUAGAAGAAGGCCCUACCCAAAUUGUCAAAGGAGUCAUUGAGAUACGAGUGAAUGAUGAAGUGGUCAAUCCAUGGAAUGAGCAAACCAAAGCAGCAUGUUAAAAGGCAAUACAAAAACCCAAAAGUCACCAAGAUUGUUUCUGUGUCUGUCCACUCUACUUGAGGCCAUGAAGAUAAUGCUAAAAUGGGACAAGGGCAUCACCCUUGAUUUUGAAGAAUGUCUUUUUUUUCUUUUUUCUUUUUUUCCGGUUUGUUAUAAUUUGUUAAAUUGUUUUUUUAAGUCUUCAGUUUUGUUAGAAUAAUUUUUAAGUGAUUAAAUUUGCCAUUUUUUACCAACUUAAGGAGAAUUGGUAAUUUAUCACAAAAUCAUAAUAUGUGGUUCUACGUUUGAAUCG